GAGGUAUCUCGCCCAACGAGUCAUGCUGUUAGUUGCACCUUUCGUUUCUCAUGUCUCAAGUUUCUCCUUUAGGCUUGUUUACAGGCGCAGAUAACAUGAAGACUCCUCUAACACCAUUAUUCUCAGGGACUGUUUUACUUGAAAAGUGACAGUGGGAAAACCCUGGACUCUUUUGGGUUGUUGCAAAGGAAGAGUGAUCCAGGGCUUGACCAGGGCUGGCAUCCACCGAGACGGAGAAAAGGAGGUUAUGAGCAGCGGUUUGAUCAAGAGCCUGUUUUCUCUGCUUCUGCACUUUACCAUUAACUAUCCAAGUACACUACCGACACCUCUUAACACCUCAAUGCAUUCAGUGAACAUGAAGCACAUUCUGAAAUGGAGCCCCUUGCAGGUGUCCUGCUCCACUGUCAACUACUCUGUGCAAUUUCAAGGGGAGUAUGAGUUCUACAAACUUAAUGGAACAUGGAUGAAUGCGUAUGACUGCCAAGAGAUCAGUGAAAACAGGUGUGAUCUCACCCAUGACCUGGCCUCCAACUCUGACUACAGCAUCCGCAUAAACACAAACUGUGAUGGACAAAAGUCAUGGACACAACUACCAGCGACUUUCAACAGGAGAGACACAGUGUUGCUGGCUCCGAAAAUGACCGUGAAUGUGGAGCGGGAUCCCAUCCAGGUGGGCUUCAGUACAACACUUUCUGAUAUGACCGUCAACCUUAAAGUCUGGAAGGAGGGGGACGAACAGAAUACCUUAAUUUAUGCGAUCAGAGCUUAUCCCUAUCAUUUUUCCAUUGCCGCGCAUCGAGGGCGAGAGAAGAUGUGCUUCAGGGCAGAAGCAGUAGUGGAAGCCAUUAACAAGAUCUGCAGCAUUGACACGCAGUGCGUCACCAUUCCUGAGCACACAUCUGACUUUGUGAAGCCGACGAUAGUAAGCGUCGCUGUAGUAGUUGCGGUCGCCAUGGCCUUUAUUCUGGGAUGGUCGGCAACACAUUUUGGUCCACAGAUCAAAGAGAUUUGCCACAGGGAGCCCAUUCCCAGUGUACUGCUUGAUGACUGGCCCACCAGAACACCCAUCCUUUGUGCUGAUGUUUCACUGCUGGAGCCCACAGAACUCCUUCUGCUGCCAAGAGUGCAGGUGGAGGGAACAGUUUGAGUGAGGUGGAGCACAGAACCAGUAGCGGCCUUUGCUAUGUUUCACCUUUUUCACUUAAAAUGGGCCUCUGAACAGAAGGGCCUCCUCUUCCACUUGAAAAAGUGCCUCAGAGUUGCGAAGGCCGCCUCUUCGCAGGACACGAGUUGAAACUUCUGACUGAAUUACUAAAAAGUACCUGAAGCACUGAUGUCACGUGCAGAUGGACUGCAGUUACUAACAGCUCGACCUUCUUAAUUUAGACAGAAGAAAUGGCGAGUGAGAUGUUUUGGACUGGGCGUUGAAAUGAUUCAGAUCGCCUCUUGUUGGAAAAUGGGACAAAUGAAAGUUAUUGAUUUCAUGCUGUAUGCACAGCGAGGUAACAGUGUGGUGCUCUUUAUUGACAUCUGUUUUUAUGUUUUGUAAUAAGUGUUAAAAAUUGAUUUUU